UGCAUGUUUGCAAGCAUUUCAGGUUCAAUUUUGCUGGGAAUUUGUGAAGUUUCAGGCAGGAUUCAACUUGAAAUUCAACAAAGGGUCAUAGUUGAAUAUUUGUUCAGCUCUCCUUAACCUGACCCAAUUUUACUUUGCCCUACUUGCAUCAAGUUCGCCAAAGCACAACACCACAACGACAACAAGUACAUCAUCAUCAAACAACAACAUCAUCAUCAUGACAUCAACGACUUGUGUGAAGGAGUUGUUCACACACAUCAUUGAUGAGGAGAGGCACACGAGUGUCAAGGUCACGGUCGUCGGGACUGGCCAAGUGGGGAUGGCCUCUGCUUUUGCUAUGCUGACUCAGGGUGUAAUUUCAGAACUUGCCCUCGUAGACAUGGUGGCCGACAAGUUGAAGGGUGAAAUGUUGGACCUGCAACAUGGGCAGGCCUUCCUUAGGACGGUCAAAGUUCAAGCCAGCACUGAUUACUCAGUGACGGCCGGCUCGAAGAUCUGCGUGGUGACUGCAGGUGCCAGGCAGAAUCUUGGCGAGACAAGACUCCAACUCGUUCAGAAAAAUGUCGCUAUUUUUAAACACAUCAUACCAAACCUGAUAAAGUACAGCCCAAACUGCAUUCUCAUCAUAGUUUCCAACCCUGUCGACAUCUUAACUUACGUGGCAUGGAAGAUUAGUGGCCUGCCUCGCAACCAGGUCAUAGGCAGUGGCACCAUGCUGGAUUCGAGCAGGUUUAGAUUCAUUCUCAGUGAGAGGAUUGGUAUUGCGCCGAAGAGCGUUCAUGGAUACAUCAUUGGAGAGCAUGGAGAUAGCAGUGUUGCAGUGUGGAGUUCUGUGAACAUAGCGGGAACGAGACUGAAGGACAUCCACCCACACACCGGCGAUCCAGAUGAUCCUGAGAACUGGAAUGAAAUCCAUAAGGAAGUUGUUAACAGUGCAUACGAGAUCAUCAAGUUGAAGGGCUACACGAGUUGGGCCAUAGGGGUCAUGAUCUCCACCCUCUGCAAUGCAAUACUCAAGAAUCAGAAGGUCAUCUACUCACUGAGUACUCUGGCCAAGGGCUACCACGGAAUUGAGGAGGAGGUGUUCCUGUCCCUGCCGUGUGUGGUCGGUGAGAAGGGUGUGGGGGCGGUCUUCGAUCAAAAACUUCUGCCCAACGAGAUGGAGAAAGUGAAAGCCAGCGCCAAAACUCUGCAUGACGUCAUCAAAUCGCUUGAAUUGUAAACAUGCUGGCGACGAUGUGGUGGUGGUGGUGUGGUGGUGGUGGUGUGGUCAUGUCGUGUGGUGGUGUUAUUUAUUGAUAAUGAUGGUGGUUAUAAUGAUGAUGAUUAAUGAUGAGAAAUUCGGCUGUUGAUGCUGAUUAAGAUGAUGACGAUGAAGCUAAUUGUAAUUUAUAAAUAUAUAUUUAUUUAUGUGUCUGUGUUGGAUAGUUGUGGCUGGAUUUGCAUUCAAUCUGUGUGACAUUUUUUUAUUUCAAUUUUAAUACAUUCUUUUAUGCAUUUUUUUAGUGUUUGUUCGUUCAUUCAUUCAUUUACUCAUUCGUUCACUCAUUCGUUUGUUACAUUCAUUCGUUCAUUUGUUAGUUCGUGUGUUCUAGGCUCAUUUGCAUUUUUGUUUUAUUCAUUCUUAAUGGGAAAUCCAUACACAACUAUAUGGCAUGCUGUGUAUCAUAUAUAUAAACACAUAUAUGAUUGUGUACGUGUGUGUGUGUGCGUGUGUGAACCUUCAAGAUAGGCAUCGUUGAAUCUCCAACAUUGAAAUCCCAAAUACAGACACGCACAGGCACACACGCACACACAUAUUUGCCUUUUCUGCUGAAGGGGGCUACCAUGUUCUUGGUGUUUUUCUAUACUUUUGAAGAUUUUUUGAAAAAUAAAUUCUUAACCUCCGUUGUUUA